AUGUCUAAUAUUAAGAAAUUCUUUUCGAAACUAAAAAGUGAAGUGAAAUUUUCUAAAGCUGGAGAAGGCCAUCGAUUGAAUGAACAAUCGUCAACUCCUCGAAGUGCAGAACCUAAACCACGCCCACCACCAUCUGCACGACAGACUUCCGAUGGCGGUACAGCAGCUCGAGCUGCUGCAGAAGCAGCACAACAACGUUUGCAACAACAAACGUCUUGGCAACAAUCAGGAGCUUCAAGUAGUCGUACUGCUGAUAGUGUUCGUCGUCAAGCUCAACGUGAACUCGAGCAAGAAAAGGCACUUGAAAAUCAAUUUCAACAAGCACUUGAUCUAAAAGAUCAUUAUUUCGGCAACCGACAAAUUACUGUCGAAAGUUCUCCACUAGUUGAUCUGUCAAAUUUACUUUUUAAAGCUCCCGAUGUAUUUGGUGAUGAUAUUUGUUUACCUUACGAUGAAUUACAACAACAAAUAGAAAAUACACUUCGAUUGCAACUUGAAUCUGAACCAAUGGUUGCGGCUACACUUCUAUUUUUAACUUGUAAUCAAAAAGAUAAAGAAAAGUUAAAUGCCUGUAAAGAAGUUAUAUGUAAAUAUUUCGAUAAUAUUAUUGCAAAUCCCGAUGAAGAAAAAUAUCGUCGAAUUCGAUUACAAAAUAAAGUUUAUGCUGAAAAAGUUGCAUCAUUAAAAUAUGCUGCCGAACUACUUCAAGCUGGUGGAUUUAUAACAUCUGACGAUAAAGAAUCAAUUGUUUAUCAAGAACGUUCAAUUGAACCAUUGACAUUAGCACGAGACACACUUAUGAAUGGUGAACCAAUACAAGUUCAACUUGAUAGAAACUUAAAAAUUUUUCUACCAACAAAAGAACGAUCAUCUGUACCACCUGUGCAACAACUACCAAAAGAUCCAUUAUUUUAUCAAACUACUGUUGGAGAUGUUUUACGUGAAAAACAACGACAAAAAGAUAUUAUUGAAAAAGAAGAAAUGCUACGAACAAAGGCAAUGCGUGAACGCGAUGAAAAACCUGAACCAUCUGUACAAUAUAGAUAUACAAUUAUACGUAUACGAAUGCCUGAUGGCAUUAUAUUGCAAGUUAUAUUUCAAUCAAAUGAUCGGCUUUCGUGUUUAUUCGAUUACUUACGUUCAUAUUGUCUUAUAUAUGAUUGGUUACCAUUUACAUUGAUAUCAAAUGGUGAUCGACGAGUUUAUACAAGUCAAGAUGAACAAUCAAUGACAUUUAAUCAAUGCGGUCUUGUACCAACUGCUUUGCUUUCGUUUCAAUGGAACGAACAAGCACUACGUGAAGUGCUAGGACAAACCCCCAAUUUCUCACCUAAUACUUUUAUUAAACCCGAUGUACUUGCGAAUGCAACUCGACUGUGA